AUGAAUGGUUCUUCCACUUCUGCAAUUGAAAUAAGCCUCUGGCGCACUUGGGCCCUGACAGUGACUCACGAGGCAUGUGAAUAUACUGCACAGAAAUUCAAUGCAGAGAAGACAGGAGGAGACCCAGUGAUACCUUCUCCUAACCUAGACACUGAUCUAGUAAUGGCCUGCGAUCGAUUGAAGGAAAUUUGGGCAGCCACCGACUUGCUGUCUCCGAGUCUGGAAAGAAGUGUGAAGGUUGAUGGGAAUUGGCGAACCAAUCCGGAGUGGUUCAAACACCACUUGGAAGAUGUUGGCCUACCUGCCGGGUGCAUUAAUUUAUCUCCGGCAUGGUUUCAACAGGGGCACGAGAAUCUAGCGGACCCGGAGGUAUCUGCAUCAUUAAAGGGACCAUUGUCCGAGGGAAUCCUAAACGCCAUUGCAAGGCCGGCAGCCAUCGCAUCAGCAGCGCUCAGGAUCAUGCAUCCGGAGCAGUACUGGGCAGGGUUACAAACAUUUUCAAGCCUCGGAGAAAAGGCAGAAAGCAAGGAACUGCCAAGAAUGUCCAAGAUCCUGGAGUACUGGGCAUCUGUGUUUAACACGCUAUCCAUCAUUUCCAAUCUGGAGUUCGGGUACAAUCCCGGGUGUAUGAUUGGAUUUUCCGGAAGGAUUGUCAGACAUGGGGUUCAUGAGAUGGAGGGGGAUAGGGUUGGGUGGGCAUGUUACAAAAGGCCGGCCCUGGGUUGGAGUAGCGCAGACAAUAUCAUUGACCUUACGCUAGGCAAUGCUAAGAAGAACGGUCUGUUGCAAAAGGAACCUACAAGUCAAAAGGGCACAGAGAAGCAAAGAAAUACUCAGAUCCUAUCGACAGUCAUCAAGGCCAGGAGCUCGGUAACCAGGUCUCAGCACUUGGGUCUUGAUAUUUGGACCUCGGUAGUUAAAUGCCGGGAGUCGGGAAUUGGUAAUGGAGAUCUGGAACUCAAAGUUCGAUAUUCGGCAGUCAACAUUCAGUACUCGAUGCUUGGACCUCAGAACUCGAUAUUUGGAGCUCAGUAA